UCAAGUGCAGUCAGUACAGAACGAAUUGUCUGCAACUUCAUUCAGUGUCUUUGGUCCCCAGCUAUGUUAAAAAUGAAGCUCUUGAGUUUCUUCAGCCAUUCAUAAGACGUCUUCUUGGUGCAGAAUAUAUUUAUAUAUAUAUAUAUACAUCUAUUAUUUUAAAGAAAAAUAUUGUUUAUUAAAUAAAACAUUUAGAGGAAUUUGUUGCACCCAGCUAUCGAAUGCUAGCAGAGCUAGACAAAGCUUAACAAUGGGGCCUAUACCACUGUUACUUCUGCUUUCCUUUGUCGUCUCUGGGGUCGAAUCUGAAGAGGAUUAUACUUGGCACCUAAGAAAAGUACCACAAGUGUUGAACAAGAGAACUGUCACCCUCAGUAGCCCAGGAUUCAAAGCUGAAGCCAAGCCAGUGUUAAAUGGAACCUGCGGGAUUGAAUGCCAAAGCAGACUGCCACUGGCAAGUGUAGCUGACCUUGAGAACUUCCUUUCAUACGAGACUGUUUAUGAGAACGGCACUCGAACCUCCACAGAAGUGUACUUCAGGGACUUUGAUGUGCAGGCAGAGCAUGAGGUCAUGAAGGACUCUCACUCUCGGGGGAAAAGGCAAGUCUAUGGCAUGGACAGCAGAUUCAGUAUAUCCGACAAGCAGUUUGUGACCAAUUACCCUUUCUCUACAACGGUCAAAGUCUCCACAGGAUGCACAGGAAUCCUCAUAUCCCCAAAGCACGUUCUCACCGCAGCACACUGCGUCCACGACGGGACAGACUAUAUCAAAGGCGCCAAGAAGCUGAGGGUGGGGAUUCUGAAACUGAGAUCCAAACGUGGAGGCAGAAAAAGGAAAGGAUCCAAGCGGAACAAAAGGGCUGCGGAGGUGAAGCCAUCGUUCCAGUGGACUCGGGUCAAGCGCACCCAGUUGCCAAAGGGAUGGUUCAGAGGAGUAACAGAUGACGUGGCAGUGGAUUACGACUAUGCUGUGCUGGAACUAAAGCGGCCGCACAAGAAGAAAUUCAUGGAACUUGGAAUCAGUCCCACGGUAAAGAAAUUGCCAGGUAGCCGGAUCCACUUUUCUGGGUUUGAUGAUGACAGGCCAGGGCAGUUGGUGUAUCGCUUCUGCAGCGUCUCAGAUGAGUCCAAUGACCUGAUGUAUCAGUACUGCGACGCUCAGCAUGGCUCCAGCGGCUCAGGAAUCUACAUCCGCCUAAAGGAACCAGAAAAGAAGAAGUGGAAGAGAAAGAUCAUCGGGAUUUUCUCUGGUCACCAGUGGGUGGAUGUAAAUGGCAUGCAGCAGGAUUAUAAUGUGGCCGUCCGGAUUACCCCUCUGAAGUAUGCCCAGAUCUGUUUCUGGAUACGCGGAAACUAUGCGGACUGCCAAUAUGGUUGAUGAAAACCUAAUAGGACCAGCACCUACAAUACAUUAAAAAACCUGUACUGAUAUUGGAUUUAUAAGAAAAGAGAAUGGAAAAAACGUGUUGAAUACACAUCUAGGAUCUCUAAACUUUGGUUUCGAUGCUUUUUAAAUGUUUUUGAAACAUAUAAUUUUGUUUAUAAUUGACAGGGGGCAAAUCAGAAGCUUAAUGAGCCUGAUUAAAUUCCAGAAAUACAGACUUGGAUUAAUCCUUUAAAGUGCGGUGUAGAAAUCUGGUCCCCACAGUCCAGAGUCCUCCAGGUUUUCUAGGUAUCAUUAAAUUAUUAACUGUAUGGCCUGGAAGGAGGUUCCAUUGGUUCAAUGAUGUAAUUUGGGACCAGAUUUGUGCAUACUGGCUUUAAAACAAUACGCUCAAACAAGGUGCUGUUGUUGUUCAUUCAAAGAUUGGUCAUUUAAAAGGGUUUAAAGCACCUUUAAUGGAAAUGUAGACGCCUAGCAGCUCUGAAUAUUGUCAGUGCCUCGCGCUGGAGUGGAUUUCUUCAUUCUUUAGGUUUAUUUGGCACCUUAUGUGUUUUUCACCCCCCCCCCCCCCCCCCCCGCACUCACUUCCCUAAAAGCUGGUGCUAAAGUGUUCCUUUUAAUUGAAAUUGCUACCUUCUGUAAAUUGUUUGUCAAAGACAGGAUCAAAUUAAUUAUUCAAUGAAAAUUUGUGUUCAGUCUCGAAAUUGUACAGGUUUCAGUUCUUUAGUUUUUUGUGUUUUUGUUGUUGUUUUUUAUGUAUUAAAGGGGAAAAUAGUGCUUUAUCAAUGUACUUUAAAACCAUGGUGCUUUUUGAUCUCUCUAAUUUAAAAGAUGGCAUAUUUAGGGUGCUAAUUUAAUUAUAAUGUGUACAAAUUAAGAGGGACCUAUCAGAAUAUAAUAUUAAAUAAUUUAGUACUGCUAUAUUUAACAUGCUGAUAUAUUGAAUGAAUGGGUUUGGUAAUUCAAUAAAAUAAAGCAACUUGUUUCAAGUAGGAUUUUUAAAUAGAGGUGAUGAGAAGAACCUCCGCAUUUACAUUUGUAUCAUUGAUAUGUGUCCUGUUCCCACACGCAACAACAAAAAUAUAUGUAUUGUAAGAAAUAUCUGUCCGUGUAAUGUAAUGUUUAGUUUUAAAGAAGUAGCUUUUAAUUUACACAGUGAUUUGUUGUAUCUGUGUACUACCAAAGUGUGGCAUUAAAAAGUAAAUAAAAUUACCAAAAAAAAAAA